AUGCGUGUAAUAGAGGGAAUAUUAAUGUGGUGUUUUGUGGUGCUGUGUUAUGAAUCGAGGCUUACAGACGCAUCAGAGUCUUUCAAAGUAUCAAGCUCUACAGGUGUCAUCAGAGCAAGAUAUGGUUCUUCCGUUGUUCUCCCGUGUUGGCUCACCCCUCAGCUUGAUGCUGAGAGCAUGGAGAUCCGUUGGUACCGCCCAGAGAAGUACCAAACCCCAGUGCUCUUUUACCAGAAUCGCAAGCUUAACUAUGAUGUUCAGGAGGACAUCUACAGGAACCGGAGCUCUCUGACCUCUAGAGACGCUCAGUCUACUGGGCUGAAACAGGGAGACAUCUCCUUACAGCUGGAAAACCUUAAUUUUCAGGAUAACGGCAUUUUUCACUGUUAUAUAAGUGGAGACAGAUCAUACGACAGCAGCACUGUGAAUCUCCUCGUAACUGCUCUAGGUUCUCCUCCUCUCAUCUCUCUGCAGGACCUCAAUAAUAAUGCAGUAAAUGUUACCUGUUCUUCAUGUGGCUGGUUUCCUAAACCACAGCUUUUGUGGCAAACAAAGGAUGCAGAUGCUCCACUUCCUCCUGGAUCACUGGUGUACAGAGAAGAAAUGAAUAGACAAUUCUGCAUUGAAAGCUGGAUCAUCUAUACAUCCACUGAUUUAAUCUCCUGCUCUAUCUCUCUGUCUGAGGAGGAAAAAAGAGACGUCAGGUUGGACGUUGGGGCCCUCGUUCUCUCCUCAGAUUAUAAAUACAGAGUGUUGGUGAGUAUGUUCGCUGUAGCGUUCCUUAUUACAGCCGUCAUGCUCGGCGUUGCUCUCUUCUACUACAAAAAGUAUAAAACAGAAUACAUACUGAUCAGAAACGAUGAAGAAGAAGGUAUCUUAGAAAUGGAUGAUCUGAGAAAAGGAACAUUGCACAUUACUCUGGAUCAGAACAAGGUCCAUGAAAAUGUAGUUUUGCAUAAUGACAUGAUAAGGGAUGAGGACCCUGAGAAAAUCACUAGUACUGGAUUUCCUUAUGAAUUAUGUGUGAGUGGAAAAGACCCCAUCAAAGAAGGUCGUGCAUAUUGGGAGGUCGGACUUGCAGCACCUAACAUACCAGUGAAGAAGUCAUGGCUUAUUGGAGUUGCCAAGGCUUCGUACGAAUUAGGAAAUGAUCCGAAACAUUUUACUGUUUUAAACGGGUUUUGGUUUCUGCGAUCAGAUCCACAAAAUGGCCUCUCUGUUAACACUACACCAAAAACCUUCCUACCAGUGAAAGCUCCAGAAAGUGUUGGUGUUCUGUUGGAUUACGAUAAGGGUGAGCUUUCAUUUUACAACGCUAAAGAGAAUGUGCGUCUCUGUACCAUAAAAACAGAUUUCCCUAAAAAUGGGGUCGUGCCUCUCUUUAACCCAGGUAGAGGCGAUAAAGCCCCACUAAAAAUCAACUGUAACUUAGCAGAAAAUAUGAGGGGAGAACACUAGUACUGAAGCUAACAAUGAAAACUAAAACGUGUAAUACAGCAGAGGUCAGAAGUUUACAUGCACUUGAAAUGGACGUGUGUGCCACGGGAAUGUUGGCAUUCUAAUUAUGUCUGUGAUAAACACUGUUUCAUAAGUACAGAUUACAUGGAACAGUGGUCUGUUGUCAGGGUCAGGAAGAAAACCCAAAACUUUCACUUUAUGCUUGGAUGGAAUUUGAAAACAGAACUACAACGAACUAGAAGCUGAUUGGCCGUAUCACAGUCCACAGUUAAAAGAGCUUAACGCUGCUACUGUGGGGUUCAGAAGUCUUUGCAUGAGCUCAUGGAAAAUUUUAUUCAUCUCGAUGAUCAGACGUUCCGUUCAAACCCAACAACAAUGUACUUACUGUCAAGUGUGAGGUGGACAGAAUUAUGAAGCAAGCUAAAAUUAAGCUGACCCCAUGCUGACCCUUGUCCAAUGCCAGAAGUGCUCAAAAUGGCCACGUGAGCAUCAGAACUGGAACAUGGAGCACUGGAAGGAGGUAACCUGGCCUGAUGGAUCACAUUUUGUUUUUACAUUGCGUGCACGAUCGUGACUGUGUGAGAUGCACCACAAUGCAGGAGACAGGACAGUGAAGGCAGUGUGAUGCUCCUGGAAAUCUUUGGGUCCUGGCUUUUAUGUGGGGCCACCUCACCACUUACAGGACAUACAGGAAAUCUGCUGCUAAUGACUUAGUGUCAAAUACUACAGGACACUCUCAGAGCUCGUGGUGGACUAUACAAUAUUAGGUCCUUACCUAGACCCCACUGAACAUCGUUUAGCUGAAUUGGGACGACGAUUGCAAGCGGCUGAUCUUAAAAAUGUUCUUUAGACUGAACUUGCUCUUGAGGAAAUCCUUAACAGAUGAGUGAAGGUGGUAACUGCGAUGGGUUGGGCAGCUCCAAAAUGAAACCCUAUAAAUUUUAUAGAAACUGUUGAGCUCAUGGUCAGACAAGCUCAUGGUAAGGUGUUCACAUUCACAUGUAGUGUUUGUCUAUUUUUGUCCUAUUUUAAAAAAAAACCCACAAUAAACAUUCACAAUUCUUUAAUUUUUUAAUACCAAAUGCCUUGGCGAACACGUCUCCCACAAGUGCAUGUAAACGUUUGACUUUGGUUCUGUGUUCAGUGCUGGUUUUCACACCAUACAUCAUAUGUUUCUAUUGGUUCCUCCCUCACUAUCACUAAUGGUUACU